GUUGUGGUUGUUAGCUCGAACGACGCAGUGCGGAAAUUUGUGUUCGUUAGUCACUCGCCUCGUGGGUGGCAAACAGUGUUGUGGUGUUGCGUUGUUGAUUGCAAGUGAACAGUAUUAUUUCGAAAUCAGCGCGAUCCUACAAGUGUUUGGCCGUCAGAAUGCAACGGUUGAUUGUUUGAAGCAUCUACGCCUUGUUCCGCAAUUAUACUGGCAGUGCGUUCUGAACCUAUGCACAAAAUCGAGAACUGAAUAGCUAAAUUAACAUUCGUCGACGAAUAAUUUGAAAUGAAAAUGUUACCGGUGUCAGAAUGGCUAAAGCGCUAUUACAAUGCCAUAAAGGAUAACCCAAAUAAAGCACAUAAAAGUCAUACUUUAUUUUCAAAGAGAAUUCCGCACAGAAGCAGAUGCGACUAAAAUAACACCAACAACAAGACACAUGAAAAAUUAGAUGAUGAUUCCAAACAAAGAGGCAUCGGCAUAAUGAGACGCGCCCCCAAGCAUCAUCCUAAAGCGAGAACGUCGAGUGCCUGUUGGCGUCGCCGGCGGCGCUUCAAUAAGCGGUUUUUGCAAAUGCGUAUAUAUCCGUUAUUUCGCCUGUUGCCGGUAUUAUGGCUGCUAUUAUGCUACUGUUGUUGUUGCUGCCAUUGCGCACAUAGGCGACAGAUCGAGGAGCAAAGCGCACAGCUAAAUAACUGCUACGACAUGCAAUAUGGCUUCGAUAGGGCAUUGAUCGGCAUCGCACCAGAGCUAUUAUUACCGAGUGCCAAUAGUUCGAAUAGCGACAAUGGCAACGAAGCCACCACUGCAAACAACAGCACUGCGGUAAGUGAUCUGUGGACACGCCACCCACUACAUGAUGGUUCAGAUAGCAGCACACAAGGUUACCGACCAGUGCCGGCCACGCACACGGGAUGGCAAUGUUGCUGCUGGAAUGCCACAAAUCAAGAUGAAAUCGAGUGCCACUGCGUGGGUGAGGCGCUGAUGCGUGUGCCACAAACACUGACAGUACCGGUGCAAAGGCUUAGCAUCGCAUCGGCGGGUUUGCCGCGCGUUCGUACAACUGGCCUAAAGAAGUAUGCAGCUUCGUUGCAGGAUUUUAUACUGAAGGACUUGCAGCAUCUGGAGUGCAUCGAGGAUGGCGCAUUUGAUGGCCUUAAGCUGCUGCGAACUAUCUAUAUUUCAAAUGCACCAAAGUUGAUGAUUCUAUCUCGGGAUGUUUUUCGUGGCAUUUCGGAAACUAUUAAAAUAAUACGCAUUAUUAACAGUGGUCUUAUAAGGGUACCCGAUUUGCGGCACAUUCCACCGGCAAACAUUUUACAAAUGAUUGAUCUCGACAACAAUGAAAUCACUCGAAUCGAUAAGAAUUCCAUCAAUGUUAAGACUGAUCAACUAAUUUUAGCAAAUAACGAGAUAAGUUAUAUCGACGAUUCCGCAUUUAAUGGCUCCCAGAUUGCGAAACUAACUUUACGACAAAACCGAGAUUUGAAGGACGUUCAUCCAAAUGCUUUCAAUGGGAUUAGCAUACAUGUAUUAGACCUAUCUGGCACUUCGUUGGUGAGUUUACCUCCAGCGGGCUUGCAGGACAUUGAGGAAUUGCGCAUUGAAGAUGUACAAACACUCAAAACUAUUCCAUCCAUAUAUAAUUUUAAGAAUUUACAAAGAGCAUUUUUGACACAUUCCUUCCACUGCUGUGCAUUCAUAUUCCCCUCGCGCCAUGAUCCCCAACGACAUGCUGAAAGAAUGAAAGAAAUUGAAAAGUGGCAGCAGCGCUGCAAAAAGAAUGACAAUGAUAAUGACAGCGGGGAUUUUUUGGAGAUGACCACUGGAAGUGGAAUCAGUGACAGCUUAGAUAAGAUGAGAGCAAAAGAGACUGAAAAUGACUACGAUGGUCGUAUUUGGGGCGCCAAUGGUGGUGGCAUGAGUCCACCUUAUGGUGGAGGAGUUUUCUACAGCAGUUUAGCCCGAACCGAUUUGGUUGUAAACAAUGAAGAGAACGAAGCCGAAACGGAGGUGAAUGACUACUUCGCGGAAGAAUUUGGCACAUUUCACUCGGUAAUCACUAUAAACCCCGAUGUCAUUCAAACCGACGAGUAUUGCGGAAAUUUUACAUUUAGAAAACACGUAGUGGAGUGUUACCCCAUGGCAAACGCCCUCAACCCCUGCGAAGAUGUUAUGGGCUAUCAAUGGUUGCGUAUCUCUGUAUGGAUUGUUGUAACCCUUGCUGUGGUGGGCAAUGUGGCUGUGCUGGUUGUAUUUAUUUCCAUUAGGUCAGAGAAUCCAUCAGUGCCGCGAUUCCUAAUGGGUCACUUGGCUUUUGCGGAUUUAUGCUUGGGGUUGUAUUUGCUGCUGAUAGCCGCAAUCGAUGCGCAUUCUAUGGGCGCCUACUUUAAUUACGCCUACGAUUGGCAAUAUGGGGCCGGAUGUAAGGCCGCUGGCUUCCUAACGGUUUUUGCCAGUCAUUUGUCGGUCUUCACCCUGACGGUCAUUACCAUCGAACGUUGGAUGGCAAUUACGCAAGCGAUGCACUUGAAUAAACGCAUUAAGCUCCGAGCUGCCUGCUAUAUUAUGGCCGCCGGCUGGGUAUAUUCUAUUGUGAUGUCACUGUUGCCACUCUUCGGUAUCAGCAACUACUCGUCGACGAGUAUUUGUUUACCGAUGGAGAUAAGUGACUCUUAUGACACAGCUUUUCUGGUGGUCAUUUUGGGCUCAAAUGGCAUGGCAUUCACCAUUAUAACGAUUUGCUAUGCCCAAAUGUACAGAUCACUCGGCAAAGAGACACGUCAUGCCCACAGCACACAUCGAGGAGAAAUGACUGUAGCCAAGAAAAUGGCUCUACUGGUCUUCACCAACUUCUCCUGCUGGGCCCCUAUAGCCUUCUUCGGUCUGACCGCGCUUGCGGGUUAUCCCUUGAUAAAUGUGACUAAGUCAAAAAUCCUCUUGGUCUUCUUCUACCCUCUGAACUCUUGCGCCGAUCCGUAUUUAUACGCGUUGCUCACCUCUCAAUACCGCGCGGAUCUAUACGCUCUGCUCUCCAGAAUCUUUCCUUCAAGAUUUGGUAUUUGCAAGAAGAGUGCGAUGAAGUAUAAGAACAGCAUAUCGGCUCCAUACACCACCACGAAUGUCACGGUGCAGGGCUCCUCUCGUCAGCAUCGGAGUUCAUCGUCGUCCAGCCGGCAAGCCGAGUUGCAAUUAAUGCUGAAAAAUCAUGAGGAGUUUGUGUAACUCUAGUAUCCCUUAGAUAAUACACAUACAAAUACAAUCGUACUUAUGGACAAUCUUACUAAGUAAACGAAAUUAUUGAAUGAACUCGCCUGGAACCCGGGUGAAACUGUGGUGUGUUAGUAAAUAUGUAUUAUUGUUGUUCAUUUGCAAGAAACCGAAGUAUAAAUUACAUAAUAGCUAGCAAUGGUAUUUGUGUGGAUGUGAGCUUUGCAAAUAGAAACUUCAAUUGUGUUAUUAAAGGAUAUACCAAUCAGAGAAAAAAAUCAAACAAUCAGCCAAACUUACAGACACAUAAAACUCUGCAAGCAUUAAUCCUCGUUACCUAAUAAGACAAUGUGGCUUGGAAACAAAUAGCGCUCCAGCAUGCAAACGCUAUCAGCUCAGGCUUGCCAGAGUUUCAUAUCUAAUAAAUAUUCAAAUAUUUUGACUGCAAAUAUUUUAUGAAGACGUGAUUGUGCACACUUGUUGUUGUAAUUGUAUGUGACUUUACUAGAAACUUACACAUAAAUAUAUUCAUGGAUAGGAGUAUUGACAGGAGAACAUGGACCCAGCAGCGAAACGAACUAGUUAUAAACUAUCUUACAUUUACACUUUCUGAUAUUAAGUUUGCCGCGAAGCUUGUAACACCCGGAAGAAUACGUUGGAAACCCUAUAAAAUAUAUACAUACAAGGUGCGUUCCAAA